UCUCAAAGACAGAGCGGACGUUCUUUCCAGCUCUGAUUGUGUCUACUCAGUGAGAUGUUUAGACUGUGAUGGGGUCUAUAUCGGACAAACCUCCCAAUCCCUAAAAAGAAGAUUCGCGGUUCACAAAAGCGACGUCAGACUACACCCUGACAGAUGUGCCCUUGCUUUGCAUGCUGCGAGAACUGGUCAUAUUUUCGAUUUCGAUAAUCCGAAGAUACUGUAUUCUUGCUCAAAUAACACCAAACGGGUUUUUUUGGAAAUGUGCUAUAUUAAUGAGCAAUCAAAUCCUAUCAAUAAACGUACCGACAUUAAGGGUCUUAGUAACAUUUAUAAUUAUUUGCUCGCUUUGGACUCCAAAAGCGACAUCUCUCCUCAACUUUCACAAACUUUAUAAUGUCAUCCCACAAAAUAUGAGGAUGGUAAUUGUUCUCACUUUCGCUUUGGACUCCGGGGCGACAUCUCUAUUCCAAAACUCAAAACCUAUUUCACUUUUAAAGAAAAAGAUUUGACAGAUUGUCAUAGUCCUCUGUGGUCUGAGGAUUUGUCUGUCCUCUGUGUCAACUUUUGGCGCCAUUGUGCUUGUAACCUAGUUUAGCGAUCUUUUUGACACGAUUUUGUUUGUGUUAUUACUUAGAGAAUAUUCAUGUAGUUUCUCGAGAUUGAUGUAGUUUUCUUCCUUCCAAUGAUUUGUAAUUGGUUGGACACAUGCUGAUUGUUUCUUUGCCAUUCUUUCCACAACUAGUCAAACAUGGGUUUCUACGAUGAGAUGAAGAACACCUAUGGAGAGGUAACAGUUAGAGACCUCAAAUCUUGGGCGAACCUGAACACCAGAUUGGCAAAAGCAAGAUGCAGAAGGAACUUCCUACUCAGAUGCCGAUCAACUGGCGUCAUUCCAAGACACAUCAAGCAGAACAUUAAAUGUAUUAACAAUUUGAUAGGCGACAACGCAGGGGACAACAGAAGAGCUCUCGCACUGAGCAAUAAGGUAUCUUCUACUCUGCUCAAUCUUGAAAUAUCGGUCACUAUCAGAAAGAUCAACUCGCUGCAUGCAGGCAUUAAGCAUAUCCGUGAAAGAUUGAUCCUUGUUCUUCCUAUACAUAUUAUAUCCAUUUUUGAACAGACUCAGUCUAGGUCCUCGGAUAGGAUCACUGUCUCUUCCACCAACGUUCUCAAACGCAAGUUUGAUUCCUUGAUCGAUAGAUCCAUCUCAGAUCUGAAAGUUAAAGAUUCGUGGUUUGCCAAUUUAACAGAUCAUGUUUUCCCACGGGACAUUAAACAUUUACUUAGUCUUGGUCCCAAAUUUGCCCAUUCUGUCCCCUCUAAUAUGUUGUCAAUUAAAUCUUUAUUGGCUGACUCCGAGUAUCUUGUGAGGUUGGCUCCACAGGAAUCGCAGGACUUACUCCGGGCUAAAUCUACCAAUGCCAUCACCAAUUUCGUCCACCAGGCUUGGAAGAAGAAUAACCCACAAUACGGACUCUUUUGCAAGACGAAAAGGUUCCUGAAGAACAAUGAUGACAUCGUCAUAACGAUGGCAGAUAAGGGCAAUGUCACGGUAGCCAUCACAAAGCAACAAUAUGAAGAGAAGCUCUUGAAUAUCGUCGAGGACACCAACGUUUAUAAGAAAUUAAACUCAGACCCCACAUCGAGGUAUCAGACAAGGAACAACAGCCUUGUCAAGGAUCUCAAAGACCAAGCAUACAUCAGUGCCACCACGGCGAGACAAUUGAAUAACUACAAAGGCAUUUCCCCCACUAUCUACGGUCUACCAAAGAUCCAUAAAGAGGGAACUCCUCUCAGACCUAUCGUCUCCACCAUUAAAUCCCCAACAAGUGAACUUAGCAAGUUUGUCGCCGACAUCCUCAAGUCAGCUUUCAAGGACGACUUCCACACUUGGGCAGUCAAGGAUUCUUUCGAUUUUGCGGAGAAGGUCAACAAUUUGCAGAUUCCUCCAGACCAUGAGAUCCUUUCGUUGGAUGUGAUCAGUCUUUUCACCAAUAUUUCCUGGGAGUUAACGGAGAAGAUAAUAGUAGACAAUUGGAGCAGGAUUGAGGCCGUCACGAACAUUCCUAGGCCUAAAUUUGUUAACCUAUUGAAGUUCCUGUUCGAUUCCAACUAUUUCAAAUAUAAAGGCGAAUUUUACUCUCAAAUCUUUGGGUGCCCAAUGGGCAGCAUCCUCAGCCCAACUUUGGCAGCUCUGGUGAUGACGGUGUUGAUCGGUUACUGCCUUGGCAAACUAUCUUUCAUUCCAGCAUUCUUGUUCCAGUAUGUUGAUGACAUUAUAUUGGCCAUUCCUUCAAAUAUGAAAGAAGAACUCCUAAGGAUCUUCAACUCCUUCAACCCACAUAUACAGUUUACCAUAGAAGAAGAGAAAGACAGAUUUGUCCCAUUCCUGGAUACCAAAGUGAUACGUUCUGAGGACAACACAGUAAAGCUGGAUUGGUACAGAAAGCCGACCAGCUCAGGAAGAUAUGUCCACUUCAAUUCAAGCCAUGAUUGGCAAAUGAAAAUCAACGUUGUUAACAACCUAAAGAACAGAAUAAUAGGCCUUACUCACAUGGAUUUCAAACAGAGUGCUCUGAACAGAUUAUAUGACAUCCUAAAAGAUAAUGGAUAUCCCCACGGCCUGCUUAAGAAGUUGAUAUUCUCGACAUCCAAUCGACGGAUCUCACCUGAUCCUCCUGAACAUCCUCCUACUACACUGCCUCAACAAAGACAGGACGCUCCCCACGAGAGCUCACAUAUAUAA